AUGAGGGCUCCUCCAACACGCGACCUCUUCAUCGAGGACAUUCCUGCCAGGCCAGUUCGUGGCAAGCUUUCUAGGACAUGGCGCCGCAAGAAUGCAAACGACAUCCACAAUGAAGCAGAGCCACCGAAAGAGUCUACCUCUACACACAAGGAUCUCACAGUCUCAAAUCAGAUGGACGGCAAUGAAGAUGAAGCCAUUCGUGAUGAAUCCCCAUUAUCCGAUGGCCGAGAGAUGCGCGAUGGAGAGGAGAAUGUUGGAGGUGAAGAAAGUGAUGACACCGGCAUGUUCUUCCAAUCAAACAUGCCUAACGUCUUCAACCCAAAGCGUCCGUCUCGCUUUCAAAACCGAAGACAAAGAAAACAAGAGACUGAGAAGGUCAGCUUGUCUGCUCUACUAGAUCAGGGCGAAAGUUUUGCAGAGUCGUCCCCGCCCAUGGCAACAAAGAAAGUAUCAGGGAUAACAAAGACAAACCCAUUCAUCGACACACCGCCUCGCUUCCAAGCUCUUAUGAGCUCCCCAAAGAAGAGCAGUCCUUUGAGGCGGGAGCUUCAUAGUGCCGACAUUUCCACUAGCUCAGUGCAGCAGUUUGAGGAGUCCACGCUACCACUUGCGCAAAGUUCGCCGUUUCGCACCAUUGUUGACGGAGACAGUAAGAUUUCUGCAGCAUCCGAUCAGCAACAGUUUCGUCGGGAGAUGGAAGGUAACACUGCGUCUACUAUCGUACGAGUGCGCGAAGAAGCAAACGAGUACCUUGACGCGUAUGAACCACAAGAACGCAGCCUAAACGAAAUUACAGAGGUUACCGAACCGAGCCGGACGCACCAAGAGCGGAGUCUUCUACCUUCCAGUCCGCCAAAAAUGCAGCGACGAUUUGAGCAGAACUUGCUUUCUGCACGCAAGCCAUCGUCUCUUUCCAAAGUUACUCCCCAAUCGGACAAGGCGUCGACCCCCAAAACACAACCAUCCUCAUCCCGUUCCAGCAGACCCCAGAAGGUCGAUACCACCCCAGAGAGUUCAUCGAGCGCAUCGAGCGAGGACUCAAUACCUCCUCAAGAGCAGUCUGGCCUCCUGUCGCGCCUCAAAUCCGCCAUCCUACCCGCCCCACCAGCACCGCACCCAAUCCUCUCCCGACUGACACCUCUUCCAAAGAUCGAGCCCUGGACAAAAACCCACUACAAAGCGCUCGAUAAGCUUUACAACACACACCUCAAACACCCAGCUCUCUUCUGCCCCUCCAUCGUUCCCCCAACACCCCUCUCAAACACAAACGGCUACCUGCUUCGCAAGUUCGUCUCCGCCAAUGGCAACAUGCCUUUGGUCGGCGCCAAAUUCCACGCUUGGGGGUACAGCAUGGUCAUGACCGAGGAACUCAUCGUCCUGUGCAGUGUGUUCAUGCAGCUCAUGAGCCUGAGGAAUAUCGACGAGUACGAAGAGGUAGCUGGGAAGAGGAUCCAGAUGGGUGAUUGCGCGCCUGGUAGGACGGGUGAUUUGAUCACCGGCGCUGAGGUGCUGAAGCGUCUUGCUACUGUUGUCAUGGGCGAGGAUGUGCGGAGAGAUGAGAGCGAAGGGAAGGCGAUUGAUCGCACUCUUGGCUUGGAAGUUGAAUGGCCAAGGCAGGGUCGAUAA